AUGAGCCAAACUAAAAUUCCGAGCAUUUCCGGGCGAAAACGUGCAUCAUUGCCAUUGGAGAGUACGGCAAAAGAGUCCUAUAAGAAACUCCAUGCUUUGGAGGAUGUCACUAAUAAAAAUAUAGCGAAGGUAACACAAUCAAGGAUGCCGAAAGUCGCUGAUCCGAAUGCGAGGCUGAUGCACCGGUACUAUUAUGGAGACGUGAGAGUAAUUGAAGAAGUUAAAAAACGUGAACGCAAAAUUGUACGUGACAUUCAACAUUUCAGAAGAUCAAUUGCUGAGAUCGACUCAGAAACAAAGCUCAUCAAGGAAAGGAAUCUGCCAGACGUCAAGUAUAACAUAUCCAAAAAAGCAGCUAUAUGCGAUGAGCUGCGAAAGGAGCUGUUACAGGUAACAGCAGAUUUGGACGAGAAAAAUGGUGAGUGCGAAUUAGUUGCUGUAAAUGGCGAUUUGACGAUGAAAAACCUACAAUUGCAGCACAAAGUUGAGCUUCAAAACGCACAAAAUGAGCUUGACAAAGAAUUGAGUGAUGCCAGAGCAUCAUGGGAAAUUAAAUUACGAGAAAUGGAAAAUUUCAAGCCUGAUGUACAAACAGUUAAUGAGAUUGAAGAGCUUAAGGAAAAGAAGCAAGACAGAGAAAAAGCAAUCGAAAAGCUUGAACUACAGAACAAGCAGAAAUGCAAAGAAUACGAAGUACAGCUUGAUGAGCUUUUAAAAGAUUUCAUAAAAGAGAAGGAAGAGCCUCUCAAAGAAAUUCAGGAAAAGCAUGAUAGCUUACAGGCAACAUACUCGCAUCUCAAAUCGGUGGCCCAGAAGAUGAGCCAUGAGACCACAAUGUGUAAGGACGAAUGUGAAUCUACUUCAAAACAAAUUGAAGAAAUAAAGAAGAAACUUAAAGAGGUGGAGAAAGAAAACACAAAAUUGAGGGAAAUCCUGUUGAAAGUUCAACAUGAAUAUUACGGCAAAAAAAACAUCACCGACAAGGUACAAGAAAAAGCACACGCUGCUGAAAUGCAUUAUAAUACGCAAUUUGAUAUGAUGGAGCAUGAACAAAUGAGAAGACGAAAACUUGAGAAUUCUAUCGAUGAACUUCGCGGUAAAGUGCGGUGUUUUGCAUAUGUGGGUGAAAAUCUGGGAAAUAAUUAUGCGGUGGACUAUUCAAGCAAAAUAAUCACGACAGAUACGGAAUCAGCGUAUUGUUUCACUAGAGUGAUACCACGCUCAUUAGUUACUGAGCAGGAUCUCUUCAAGCAAGAAUGUCAGGCCUACAUUGAAAUGUGCAUGAACAAAUCCUUUAACUUUAACAUCGUAUCACUUCUUAAUGACAACCCCAAUAAGCUUAGGGACUCUUUUGUGGAUUUUAUGGCAAAUCAAACUUACAGUCAUAUGGAAUUGCAGUAUGUGUCGCUGUGUGAACGGCUUGCGUCUGCUGACAUGCUAUUGACUCCAGCUGAAGAAUCAGAUAAAGAGAUCAAAGUGAAAAUUGAAGAAAAUUCGAUAGAACUCAAUUCAAAAUCCGUGAUUGUCAGAUCUCCGGCAGAAAUUCAAGAUUUUCUAAGAUUAACGGAGGAGCAGACUCGGCCGGCUGGUAUAGGGAUGCUCAAACUAAAAGUUUGGAUAGAGGAGAAUAAAGCAAUCGAUGUUUAUUUUGUCGAGAUCAAUGAUAGAAAAACUACUGAAUAUUUGCUAUCGAUUAUAUCUCCUGGUGAGGUCGUUCAAACUCCGGUUACUAUCAUCUUGCAAAAUCUUCUGACAAAAACGAAAUCACUAUUUCUUUUCAACUUGCUCGAAGGGACAGACCAACAUUUGCCCUUUUUACUAGAUUUAGCUAACAGGAUUGGCCAGCUUGAUAGUCCUCGCAAAAAUGCUGUUCGUCAGCGUUAA